AGACUCCCAACAUCUGCACAUUUUCAGCAAGUAACUGUUUUCGUUGCUUUUGUUUUGAUUCCAUCACUGCAUGCAGCAGGUGCUUUAGUCGCAGAGAUUAGUUGUAUUGCGGCCUCCUUUUCAUCGGAGAGUGAGGCCUAUGUGUGCCGCGAGCUUGAUGACCCGUAAAUUCUUUGAAGUAACUGUUACUUGUCCCGAUUAUUAUUCUCUUGAGAAUUUGAAGUUCAACUUUUCAGAAACCUUUUCGGAUGAUUACCACGUAAUUACCGGUAUGUCCCACGAUCAGUCCAUUAUGGCUGUUUCUCAUCGCAAUCCACAUUUCUGCGGGGGAGUCAUGCGCCCAUUGAAUGGUUCAAUGGACGGUCCACCGCCACCUCUUCUCGCCGCGUCCGCAAUGGCGAAACAGCAUUCUGGAGAUGUGUCUUCCACGAAGUACCUGAUGAUGAGUGAUGACAAAGUCGUGCGGAAUGGACUCGGUGCGACAACAAUGGGAGCGUAUGCUCCCGCACCCGUGGUGUCCAGCUUGGUUGGCCAGCAGCGCGGCCAUGCGGCAGCUCCCGGCCACAUUGCUGAGGCUCGUCCUGUUACAAAGUCCCUUCAAGACUCAGUGCCAUCACUUAUGGAUUCGCAACGUCAACCUGGCAAACUGGAUCCUGUUGAUUUGGCUCCUGCUGUUCCUCCGCCUUGUUCUCGGGAGAAAGAAGAGUUUAUGGCCAGUCUUGGGCUGAUUACGAUCCCAGUGUACAAAGAAAUCAAGGCCAGGAGACAAACUAGAAAGCGUCGAAAGGCAGCCCCAUAUUCAAUUGACCUAGCGGAGCAGGAGGCUAAGCGGAUGCGCGAGAUGAAGGAUGCACGUGCGAACGCCAAGGCGAAGAGCAACGGCCGGAACUUCCCACCGCUAGCUCCCACUCCGUUAGGUAAGAAUGCGAUGGCGAAGCCAGCAGGUCCUUCGCCGUUUGUACAAGAGCGCGAUCCCAGCCUCCAGCUCAACGUAAAAACAACGGUGGACACUGGCGCGCAAACUGAGGGUGGCUUAGCGCGCAAGAGAAAACGGCAACUACUCUUCGUCUGCUCGGAGGACCAUGAUGGGCUGUGCGAGAUCUGUGAUCAAGCAGGCGAGCUUCUGCUGUGCGACACGUGCACGAAAGCGUAUCACUUCACUUGCCUGGUACCGAACCUGCCCACGAUGCCACAGGGCAUGUGGAUCUGUCCCAAGUGCCAGGAUGAAGCUGCGAACACGGAAGUCCGUGCCUGGCCGGGUACGAUCAGCCUUGUACGCGCCUUCACUCAAUACGAUGAUGACCGUGAGGGACAGCGCCGUGCCCUGGAACAGGAGCUGCAGCGUAAACGUCAGGAACGCGCACAGCUGCAUCAGUCCCUGGCGGCGCUGACGCAAACUGUAUCGACAAGAGUGCGGAAGCAAACCGCUUACACUCCAGGUACAGACAUGACUCUGUAUUAUAGAACAACUGCUGUUAAGAAUCUGCUGGAGAAGGCUUCCCCGGCACACCCUGACACUCUCUUGCAAGACCAGGCGGAGAAAGCAAGCAUUUGAAAGUUAGUCAUUCCGUGGGCUGAUUGUCCUACUGGUAUUGCGAUAUGUCAUGUAGGUGGUGAUUGACGGACUCGCUUAUGCAUCGUGCCCAUCCUGGCACGGACACAGUGCACUCUUUUGUUUCUCAUUGUGCUAUGUUACACAUUAUUUUUUUACAACUGGAUAUAUCAUUAUCUGUUCAUUGGCUGUAGUAAGUAUCCCAAGGUGCAACCUCUGUUGCCCGAUGUGCAUCUUCUUUCUGUCCACGUCCUUGUUGCAUAGUCUUGCUUCUUUUCUUGCCUCCGGUAUUGGCAGUCAUAUGCUCUUGCCUUAACUGUGAUUAUCAUGGAUGUUUGAUGUUGCGCAGAGUUUUUGUCAGUCCACGCCUGGCUGGGCUAUCCAUCGCUGGUGCUGGGGUGUUGCUUUUUCUUUCCUCAGUGGCAUGGACUUGUUUGGGGAGUGCAGAGCGAUGCAUGUGUCGAUCCCUCUCAUCCUGCUGGAUAUUUAAUAGUCUUACUGAAUUUGCUGGACUACGAGUAAGCGGUGGAUUCAUGCUCCAUAAGUACGUCGACCGUGUUGCAAUAUUAUCAUCAUAUCUCCAGAUGCGUACUCUAACCUAACAUCACGCGUUGCUUUCUGCAUCCUGACCUUGACCUACUGAGUCCUGUACUUGUGCCAUGGCAGACCUAUUGUGUAUUCGAUUAUUACUCCCUCCUCUUUUUUUGUUUUGUUUUUCUUUCCCAGGCAAUGGCCGUGCGUCUGGGCCUCGUGUUGAGCCUUGUUUCUUGUUUGA